AAUUGCUUCAUUUAGUUGUGAAUCAUCAGAUAGGAAACUUAAAAAAAUGAAAUUAAAAGUUUUGACAUUAUUGCUGUUAAUUAGCACUGAAGUGUUUGGGUCAAUGAUUUUAAAUCGUAAUAGAAAGAGCUCUUCCACUUGUGGUCAGCCACAAUCUAGGCAAGGUCAUCAUCUUGGUGGUCGAAGAGCUGGACAAGGUUCUUUUCCAUGGAAUGCUGCUCUAAUUAUUAAUGAAAAUUACUUUUGUGGUGGAACUUUGAUUUCAAACAAGGAAGUUGUGACAGCCGCUCACUGCAUCCAACCCAAAAAAUCGGAAGAUCAACUUCUACCUCAAAAUAUUACAGUUGUUCUUGGUCACUAUGACUUAAGCAAGCUCAAUGAGAAUGGAAGAAUUGCAGUUCCUGUUAAAAACAUUUGCUUACAUCCCGACUGGAACCCAUUUGUAGAAGCUUAUGAUGCUGAUAUAGCUAUCUUAGAAUUGGAUCAAGACGUCGAAUUUACAAAUUUCAUUAAGCCAAUUUGUCUGAUUGAACCAGCAUCUAAUGUAGCGUUAUUGACUCAAGGUUUGGUUGUUGGAUUUGAAUCAACUGAAAAUGGAGGAAUUGAAAAUACUCCAAGAGUUCUUGACACUCCAAUCACGGGUUACCAUAAUUGUUCUAAAAAUCAUAAAUAUGAAGGUCUUUUAAGUCACAGAACAGUUUGCGGUGGUAAAGCUGAUGGAACUGGAGUAUGUAUUGGAGACGGUGGAAGUGGAUUGCUUGUAUUCAAAAAUCAUACUUAUUAUCUUCGUGGAAUUGUGUCUGCAUCUUUACCAAACAAUAUUAACAGUUGUGACUUUAAUGCCUACUCAAUUUUCACUGAUGCUGUUCAAUUUUAUAUGUGGAUGAAGAACAAUGAUGAAGUUAAUGUGCAGUCAUUGAUUCAGGAGAAACAGGAGUUGGAAGGAAGGUUAAAUAGAGUUCGAAACCGUGGUCAGAAUUGAGUGAUGAAUUGAAAGUGUAUAAAAUGGCUAAUUAGGUUAAGACUUAACUUUUAAAAUAUUAACGGAUGUUAAAAAUUUGAAAUUUUUCGAACUUAACUUUCAGUUGAAUUUUGAAAUUUAAACAGAAUUCGAACUAGUUUUUGAAAUUUUAACUGUAGUUCGAACUAGAUUUUGAUCUUUAACUCGAAAUUCGAACUUAAUUUCGAAUCCAACAUUCGAAAAUUGAAUAAAAAUUUAACUUCGUUCGACCAGAAAUAAUUUCUAAAGCCAAUUCAAAAAAUACCUUUUGUAAAUCAACAAAUUCCUUCAUUAAAAAUUAAAUUAAUUAGUUUACAUUAAUUGAAGCUUUUUGCAACACAAUUCUAUCAGAAAAUAGCAGAAAAUCCUCUAAAAUUCGUAACAA